CUGGGCCCCAGCCCCAGAUCCGCGCCGCGCCCGGCGCGCCUAGGAGCGGGCGCCUUCGGAUCCGGGAGCCUGGAGUCCCCGCGUCCCCGCAGCCCCCCAAACCCGGACAACUGUUGCGGCGGCGGCGGCGGCAGCGGCGGGGGCAUCGCGGGGGCGUGGGCACCCCCACACCCCAGCAGGCGGCUCCCGCGGGCGCCGGCACCCGGCUACGGAGCGAGGAGCGAGCGGGCGGCGGGCACGAGGCAGCUCUAGACGGAUCAAUGCCAGCCAAACGAUGACCAGUUGUGGCCAGCAGUCCUUGAACCUGCUCGCCGUCCUCUUCUCGUUGCUGUUCUCUGCAGUCUUGUCUGCACAUUUCCGGGUCUGCGAGCCGUACACAGACCACAAAGGCCGUUACCACUUCGGCUUCCACUGCCCCCGGCUCUCGGACAACAAAACCUUCAUCCUCUGUUGUCACCAUAACAACACAGUCUUCAAAUACUGCUGCAACGAGACGGAGUUCCAGGCGGUGAUGCAGGCGAACCUCACGGCCAGCUCCGAGGGUUACAUGCACAACAAUUACACCGCCUUGUUGGGAGUGUGGAUCUACGGCUUUUUCGUGUUGAUGCUGCUGCUUCUGGACCUUUUGUAUUACUCGGCAAUGAACUACGACAUCUGCAAGGUCUACCUGGCACGGUGGGGCAUCCAAGGACGGUGGAUGAAACAGGACCCCCGGCGGUGGGGGAACCCUGCUCGGGCCCCUCGGCCGGGGCAGCGGGCCCCACAGCCGCAGCCUCCCCCAGGCCCGCUGCCCCAAGCCCCCCAGGCCGUGCACACGCUGCGGGGAGACGCCCACAGCCCACCGCUGAUGACCUUCCAGAGUUCGUCUGCCUGAAAACCCUUUUGCUGUGCCUCAGGAUGGGGGAGAUGAGAGCCGAAGCACCUGGUGCAGCCUCCGAGAACAACUUCUGCAGAGAUGCCAGGGCGAGCCGAGGUGGUGGCGGUGGCAGAGGAGGAAAUGCUGCCUGUGCCCAAAGCUCCCUUCCGUGGACUUCUGAGAUUAGGAGCAAACUCAGGGGUAGGGGCUGGGGGUACAGGGGAAGGGAUUCUGAGCCACUUGUCUGCAAGCAAUAGUCCUAUUUUGGGCUGGUGGCUUCUGAGAGGUGACUCAUUGUGGACUCAGGAUGACCAAGACAAAGCAACUCUGGCUGGUUCCAGCCAGGAGGUUUGAGGCCUGUGAGUUAUACCUGUGGCUGAAAACCGAAACUUCCCUUGCCCCCUCUCCCUCCAAUAGCGGCCCCUUGGGCCUAUUUGUGUUAGAAUAUUGAAUGUGCGUGUGUGUGUGUGCGCGUGUGUGAUUUGGGGUGUUCCUCUUGGUUGCUUGGUUGGUUUUUAUUGCGGCUUCCCCACUCAAGUUCUCUGAUGGGCAGGGGCCACCCUCUGGCUGGGGGUUCUCAUUGGUGUCAAGGCCUGGGCCACCAGUUUCUUGCUAAGCACAGGGCACAGCCCCUCUGUGUCUCGGGGGGCACUGGGGAUGUGAAGAUGCCAGUCGGGGUUGGUUCUUAAAGAAUUCGUUCCUGUAAUGAUAGUAAUACUAAGGGACGCAUCUCAGGCUGACGGUGGCAGGUACCAAGUUAAGUGUUUUCAUGCACACUCCCUCUCACCACCUGGGAGGCAGGUAUGACUAACCCCCUGCAGAAACAGUGGGGUCGGGGUGCCCAGGGCCACAUGGCCAGGAGGAGAUCAACCCCUCCUUUGACCUCAGGGGUGCAGGAACCCAAAGGCCAGUCUCCAACACCCUGGAUAUGACGUGCUCCCCGCCCGGGCACGCCCUGCACCAUGCCGGCAGCAUCUCCUUGAUGCCUCUGCAGGCCAUCACCCUGAGUUCUCCACCAUCACCGCCUGGAGCGCUGAUCCACUCAGCACAUUGUGGCUAAGUGCCUGCUGUGUGCCAGGCCCCAUGCUGGGCAGUGGUGGGGAUAAGAGAUGAGCCAGACCUCGUCUCUGCCCCUGGGAAGCUCCCCAUCUGGUGGGAGAGACAGACACAUGGAUCUCUGCUGGAAAGGGUAACAAGGCUAUGGAAACCCAGAGAGGAGGGUUCUAGAAAUUCAUCCACUUUAAAGUGGAACUUCCACGUAAAAUUAGACGCCCAUAAUAUCCACACACAGAGCUAAUCACCUCCACUCCUGCCCCCCCUCCCCGGGGCACAGAUGAGACGGCAUCACUUAAAUGAUGAUGACAAACAUCUCUAAAGGCUACACUGCCAGUGUAGAUACACUCAUUCCAUGGCUGCUAGUGAUACCAAAUCUCCCCAGCUCUUAGCUUGGGAGGCCCUGCUUAAUAGACUAUGUAUCCUCUGACUCAGUUUCCUCACUUCAUCAGACCCACUGUUCUCAUGCUGACCGCCCAUCCAUUCACCAGAUAUGACAGUGAGCAGGGCAGGUCCCUGCUGACUCUCUAGCUGGAGUGGGAAGACACUGAAGAAGGAAGGUGCAGGACGGUGAGUGCUCCGCCAAGAACUCAGUCUGAGGGACACGUGGGUAAGGCCCUUGUGCACCUGGAGAGGUCUGGGAAGGCCUUCCUGAGCAGGUGAUUGAAGCCCAGGUUUGAAUGACAGAGGAGCAAGCCAUGGGUGUUAAAGACAGGAAAAGAACUUUUCAGGCAGAGGGAACAGCUAGUGCAAAGGCCCUGUGGCAGCUGUAGGCUUGGUGGUUUCAAGGAAGUGUAAGAAAGCCAGGUGGCUGGGAUCCAGAAGGAAGGCAGAGGGGAAGGAAGGCAGAGGGCAAGGAAGGCAGGAGUGCCCGGCUCUGGAAUCCACUGAGUCACGCUGCACACACACAGUGCCCUGCCUUUGGGAAAGCAGAAACAACCUGCUAGGGCAUAAAGCAUCCUCCAUGUUGCCUGGCUCUCCAUCCUCUGGACAGCCCCAGAAAGAAGGGGCUCUCCCCCUUUUAUAGAUGAGAAGACGGCUCGGCCAGGUCAAGUGGCUUGCCCAGGGUCACAAAGGUCACCUGUGGAAGACCCAGGCCCCUGGCUUCAGUCUUUGGGACAAGCCGUCUCUUCCAGGCAUAUGGCUUGGCUGAGCCAAAUUAGGAGAACCUCUGCUUGGGGUCUCAAUUAGAGAAAGGAAUGGCUUGCUGUCCCCUGAUGUGAGCCAUCCCAGGGCCAUGUUGCCAUGGAGGGGUGCACAGCCUGCCCACAAGCUCAGCUGGGGCAGCCACAGCUGCACCCCUGUGCAGUGCCUCGGGAGGCAGAGGAAGCCUUGGCAGCAGUGGGGGAGGGGGGAGCAAGACUCAGAUUCUGACAUCAGCUCUGCCACUGAGAGCAGAGUGACCUCAGGCAAGGCCUGUGCCCUCAGAGUCCUCACUGGUAAGAGGAAGGAGUCAGAUGGUUACGUAAGGGGUUUGCCCACCCUGGUGUCCUGCUAUUCUGGAUGAUGCUCUUUAGGUGCUUCCUCUGCCAAAAGAACUGGUGGCCUUGCCUCCCUCUUCUGGACUCCUGGGGUCAGAGGUCACUGCCAGAUAACAGCUAGAGCUGGGGUUCACCGGAGCGACAUCCCUUGAUAUUUACAACCUUCUAAAAGGACAUUCCUCCUGGCCCCAACAGAGGUCCUUCGGGAAGAACUGAAAAGCCCCAUGGGGUCUGUUGUCCUGCUGCUCUGCGGAGUACCUCUGGGGCAGCCAGGCUGAGGCAUGGAACAUUCUGUGGCAAGCAGGCCUCAGCAGAAAUCACCAAGACCCCGCACACCUGGUACAGGUAGCCUUCGGCAAAGGCAGUUGCAGCGUGUAGACAACCACAGCACCCUCCUUCCCGCAGGUGACCCCGGCUGGCCACUUCACCUCUCGGAGCCUCUGCCUCUCACCUGUGAAGUGUGUGAGGUGGGGUUCCAGUGAGCACAGCACUUGCUGUCUCACGGGGGAGCCGAGGGGCGCGAACAGUGUCACGUGGGUGUGAACACUCGGUGUGGAAAGCAGGUGGGGGUGUGUAUUCAGAACCCCAUAGGUCCCCAGGUCAUUGUGAUAAACCUUGUCCCCAUCCUGCUGUGGCCGGCAAGUCCUUCAAUGAGUAGAGUGUCCCUCAGAACAAGAGGGUGUCAGGGUUGUGAUGAGUUCAAGUUUAGAUUUCUAGAGUUAGCAUUUUUUAGUGACUCCCACACCUGAUUUUCUAAGCUGCCUACUUUUCCUUUUUACUGUGAGCUUCUGUCCAUCACCACAUAAUUUGUAAUAACACGGAAAGACAAAACGAGAGAAGAGGACGCGAUGUCCACAGAGGAAUCUGCGCUGAGGCUGCUGUGCAGAACGACGCGUUUCUAAGGACCGUUUCCCGCUGGGAACUGUGUGUGAUUCACGAGCAGUUUUAUGCUUCCCCUCUUGUCUGUGUACGGUGUGACUGUUGUGUGUUUCAGAAUCUCUGUUCAGAACCAGUAGCUGGUAGUGCCCGCUGGCUCGAUGCCCUCACGUUAGCCUGACCAUGCCCUGCACCUAGAGAAGCAGCCUGCUCACCCGCCUGGCCUUGCCCCCUCCAGCUGCCUGGCCAGCACCCGACUAUUGCCGACAUGCAACAGGCCUUAAUUGAAAACACACAAGUGCAUACAUGCACACGCAUGCACACAGGUGAUUCCACAGGUAGAUCCGGUCCCUCUUGCUAGCUCUAAUACUCUAGGAAGCAGCAGGUGGGCAGCUGACAGUGGUCCCUGGGUGGGUGGCUCUCCCCUCAUCAUCAGAUUCAAACUUGGCCCAGAACUGAAGAGCAGGACUUGGGAAGGUCAGGAAAAACACCACCAAGAAUUGGGGUUAACAGGCUUCCUGAGACGGGAGAUGGUUCCCAGUUCACCACCACCUAAAAGCUCUCUUCAGGUCUAGUCAAACAGACCAGGGCUGUGGCUGUGGGUUGGGCCAAGCCUGGCAUUGACUCCCCCACAGGCCUCUGUCCAGGUCGGGUCCUUUACAUCCCUCCAGCCACCGUCCCACCCCGGCCCCUCUGCUGGCUCGGCAGCCUUCACAAUCUCCAUGUCUAUUUGGAGGUGCAGACGUGCAGAAUGUUUUGGUGGCUUAUUUUAAUUUUUCAACUUGGCUGGCUGGUCCCUAUCAACAGGAAUAAUGUGCACAAGUGAAUUUACAGAUGCCCCAUGCUUGAAAUCAACAUAACAUGAACCCAGGAGGCAGAGGGUGCAGUGAGCUGAGCUCGCGCCACUGCACACAGCCUGGGCAAUGGAACGAGACUCCGGUGGGGAGGAAGGGAAGAAAGAAAACAUUACAGCCCUGGAUGGGGUUACUGGGGGCAUAUGUCUUAGCAAUGUUGAAGGGCCACCCAUCCCUGGAGGGAGACAUCCCCCUGGGCCCCUUUCGUCUGCUGUGAAAACCUAGGGUUGGAAUGGUGGAAGCAAAUUGCAGGGAUUCAUCAUCCUGCUCACGUGGUGGGCAUCAGUGUGUGUCUGCCCCGGCCCCCCAACAGCCUGCGGGUGGUCAGAGGGGCUGUGAGUGGAUGCCACCCUGAUCAUUGGCCUUUGCAGUCCAGGAAUACAUCCCUGGGCUGGAGCCACACCCUGUGCCCUGCAGAAGACAAGCCUGUACACUUGCUGUGGGGCAUUUGCCACACACAGUGCCCUCGUUCCUUGCUGUAGCACCGCAUGUCCCACUCUGGUACUUAAAUGAACGCAGAGAACUUUGGGGGUUAUGGCCAGAAAGCUCAAAUGUUAAAGUUAGGCAGUUGGGGCACGCUGGAAGAGGUCAGGAUCCGCCUAGAACACCCGUGCAAUGUUGUGCACUUCCCUCACCUGUUCAACAGAUACUUGCUGAGCGCCCAUCUGGGAGCCGUUCCCGCUACAGCUGGGACCACCUGCGAAAUGACUAGUUUUGCCUAACAGACAUGUUCAGAUUCACAAAAUAUAUACAGAACACUCACCUAUCUCACCCCCAAAAGUGACUUUGGAGGUGUCAUUGCCCCUACCCACCCCAGUUUCUAGUGCAAGCCCCUGGCCAACAGCUGGUGCUAGAUCCAUGCUUGAUGAAUGAGCAGAUUUGGCUAUUAGUUACUUUGUACCUAAAACUCCUAUCUUCACAUCAAAGCCCUGAUGGAUUUGCCCUUGACAGACUGAAAUUCAGGGCUGCUGCAGGGCUCAACUCCAGACACUGUCCCACCAAUGGGAAUGGGCUCCCAGGAAUACCGUUUACAUGGGCUGCCCUGAGAAUGGUGACCUCUUGGGUUUGUGGGAUGAGAUACCCUGUUGAACAACCCUAAAUCAGCCCCUCCAAAAAGUGCAGAAUCCCACAUUGGUCAGCGCCAAUCCUGAGCACUGGAUCAAAAACUAUAGAUUACAUGGCCACCCUGGCCACAGCUGGAACCAAGCCAGGGGCCGAGAAAGCCUCUUCUUGGAAUUGCACGUCAGUUUCUCAUAUCCAGUUUCUAUUUUUCCCCAUGUCCUAUUUUAAAGAUACUGACACACAUCACAGUCAAAUAACCAAGUGGUCAGCGUCUGGGCAGUGUGCAGUAACGAGGUGGGGGCUCAGUCACCUGAGCUAGGCAGGAAACCUCCCACCAAAGGUCGAUGUGUCCUCCCCAGGGCCAGCCUGGAAAGGGCACGCAGCGGCAGGGUGGAGGGAUGGCAACAUUUUCCCUUUCGUCCACCCUGACUUCACGGGAGCAGGCCUGGGGUCUGAGAGCAGAUAACCGGGAAAACCAAAAACCAAUGCUAUUCCUAAUAAUAAUACUAGAAUGUAACAAUGUGUUUUUCACUGACUGCUGUUGCUCUGCUUUUGUCUUUAUAUACAGUAGUUUUUAUAACGAUGUCCUUAGGUUUUAAUAAAGGAGUGUCAUGUCGACUGUU